UACAAUGGAGAGAACAGAUGACUGCAUUUACUUCAGUUCAACCACCCACCUUAACCUCUCCUCUCUAUUAAAACCCUAAUAAUAUCCUCUUCUCACAGUCACACACCACAGCUUCAUUAUCAUUUUUCUUCACUACCCAUCUCUUAUUUUUGUUUCAAAUGGCUAUUUUCAAGAGAUUUUCAUGGGUGGUGAUGAUGGUUUUGAUGGGAUUAGGGUUAGGGUUAGGGCAAUUUAUAGAUCCAUUUGGGCCACAAGGAGGAGUUAGAAGAAGAGAAAUGGUGCCUGCUAUGUUUAUAUUUGGAGAUUCUCUUAUUGAUAAUGGGAAUAAUAAUAAUCUUCCUUCUUUAGCUAAGGCUAAUUAUUUUCCUUAUGGCAUUGAUUUUAAUGGCGGACCUACUGGUCGGUUCUCUAAUGGUUACACCAUGGUUGAUCAAAUAGCUGAAAUGCUAGGACUUCCAUUGAUUCCUGCAUUUUCUGAGGCAUCUGGAGAUGAAGUGCUUCAUGGAGUUAAUUAUGCCUCUGCUGCUGCUGGAAUCCUUGAUAUCACUGGCAGAAAUUUUGUGGGUCGGAUACCAUUCAACCAACAGAUAAGCAACUUCCAAACGACAUUGAAUCAGAUAACAGAUAAUCUUGGGGCAGUCGAAGUGGCUAAAGCCAUCGGACAGAGCAUAUUCUUUGUUGGUAUGGGCAGUAAUGAUUAUCUUAAUAAUUAUCUCAUGCCCAACUACCCUACCAAGAAUCAAUACAAUGGUCUUCAAUAUGCUGAUCUUUUGGUUCAACAAUACACCCGCCAACUUACGAGCCUAUACAAUCUCGGAGCAAGGAAAUUUAUACUAGGAGGAUUAGGAAUGAUGGGAUGCAUUCCAAGUAUUCUUGCUCAAAACCCUGCAGGACUAUGCUCUGAAGAGGUUAACCAACUAGUGAUGCCCUUUAAUCAAAAUGUUAAGGCAAUGAUGAACAACUUCAAUACCGACCUCCCCGGUUCUAAAUUCAUCUUCAUCGAUAUCGCUCAUAUGUUCCGAGAUAUCCUCACCAAUGCUCCCGCUUAUGGAUUUAGUGUGAUAAACCGAGGAUGCUGUGGGAUAGGGAGAAAUAGAGGACAAGUGACAUGCCUCCCAUUCCAGACUCCAUGUCCUAACAGAGAACAGUACAUAUUUUGGGAUGCUUUCCACCCAACUGAAGCUGUUAACAUUUUAAUGGGGAAGAAGGCUUUCAAUGGAGACACUUCCAUUGCCUAUCCUAUCAACAUUGAGCAGCUUGCUAAUCUUCAAUUAGAUAACUAAUUAAUUAAUAGUUUAAUACUUUAUAUGGAAAUCAAAGAGCAGUUGUAUUAAUUGCUACCAUGCUUUGAUUUGUUUUUGAUGACAUUUAUUUCUGUUUUUAAACCUCAUUUGUUCUUUUGAUUUGCUUCUUCUUUUAAGUGGAAAAAUGCAGUCUUACCCUAUCAAGAACAAUGUCGACUUGAAGGAUUAUAUGCCUAAAUUCUAUGGUAUAUUUUAAAUUGGUAUCAAAAUUUUAGUA